GUGGUGGCGCGGUGGGUUGGGGAGGCAGGGUGACAAUCUGAGCAGAGCUUCCAAUUAUCGUCGGCCUUUGCGGACGGACGCAGGAGGGAGGGAGGGAGGGAGGGACGCAGGGAGGGGAGACGUCAUGAAUGAGGUGGACGAGGGGAGGUGAAUUUAAAAAUACCAAAAAGCUGCUGCCGCUGCUGCUGCUGCAGAGGUCUGCCGGGGUUGAGGAGAGGAAGGAGGAGGUGGUCGGAGGGUGGUGGUGGUGGGCGGGGAGGGACUAAUCAAUCAAUCAAUCAAUUAUUCAAUCAGAGAUGAGAAAGUGAGGGAGAAGGAGAGGGAGGAAAAGGAGAUUAAGGAGGGGGGCAUUCUUUCGCCCCGCUGGUUGUUCUUCUACUUCUGCGGAGGGCAUUGGUAGCGGCUGAUUCUGUCUGCUUGCGCCUGCCUCUUCUUUCUCUCCGUCCGGCCUGUUUUGCCUUUCUGGGAUUGCUUUUUCUCACGUUGCCACUACCUGUCCGCUCGACAUUUGUGGCAUAGCUUGUCGGUAGCGUGUAGCUGUAAUUCGGUUUUGCCCUCUGCUGUGCUCUGAUCUGCCUGCUGGUUCCGAUUCUCUCGCUGCUACUUUUCUGUCUCUGCCGUGUUCUGCACCCGCUUCUUUUCUCCUCCUCCUCCUCCACUUCCUCCUCCUGUGCACCUCCUCUGCCCCCAUCCCGGGGAGUCUUUCCCACGGAAGUCGGCAUUGUACCCGCAGCCUGCUUGUCAACUCUGUCGUGUUCCCUCCGCGCACUUCAUAUCAUUCAUAACAUAAAUUCCAUCGUUUUUGGAUCGGAGGGAUUGAAGUUGGCAGUCCUUCCCGAGCUCGAACUCCCUUCCUUCAUUCCAUCCUUCCUCCCUUCCUCCCUCCCUCUCUCCUCCUCCUCCCCCGUUUUCUACCCCUCUGUCUUCCCUGCGCUUUGCCUCUAGUCCCUCCGCCUCGUUCCUCCGCUCCCGUUUCUCUUCUGCGUUUCUUUGUGUGGAGUGCGUGUUCUGUUUGUUGGUCGAGUGCUUUCUUGGCGAGGCCGGUCCGCGAGGGGAUCGAAUUCUGACCGUGGAUCAAGGAAGUUUGGUUGGACAUUUUUCGUCUUCCGAGGAUGCAGACCGUAGCGCUUACAGGCAGUGGCUGCGGCACCAGACUGAGGCUGUCUGGACUGCGACCCUGUCUUCCCUCGACCGCCCGUCGAACCGUUCGAGCAGCGGCGCAAGUCGGGCCACUCUCCAGGCGGUUGACAUGCAGCGCUUCUGUAGAUUUUAGGGCCGGACAUUUGGGGCAGGCAUUCGCUCCCAUGGAUUCCAUGAGCCUCCAGCAAGCACCCAAGAAGCGCGUGUCUCGACCUCACGCUCAGGCCGCAGAAGGAGAUGUGGAGGGAGUGGUGGCGGCAAAGGAAGCUUCCGCAGGUUAUGGAGGUUCUCUGUUCCUCUCUGUGGGCAUUGCAUGCCUUGGUGCCAUCCUUUUUGGCUACCAUCUCGGAGUUGUAAACGGUGCAUUGGAGUACAUCGCGAAGGACUUGGGGAUUGUGGGAAACGCUGCACUGCAAGGAUGGGUAGUAAGCAUCACACUGGCUGGGGCAACCGUAGGCUCGUUCACAGGAGGAACUUUGGCCGACAAGUUCGGCCGAACACGAACUUUUCAGUUGGAUUCAGUACCUCUUAUCGUGGGAGCUCUUUUAAGCGCAACCGCCACAGGAAUUCAAGCGAUGCUUGCGGGCAGAUUUCUGGUCGGUCUCGGUAUUGGAAUAUCUUCAGCUGUCGUACCGUUGUACAUCGCCGAGAUUGCGCCCACCAACAUCCGCGGUUCCCUGGGAUCCGUGAACCAACUUUCUAUUUGCAUCGGUAUUCUUCUGGCACUCAUCGCCGGCCUUCCGUUGGCGGGUAACCCUAUCUGGUGGCGCAAGAUGUUCACUAUUGCUGUGGCCCCAGCUGCUCUUCUUCUUUUGGGCAUGGGAUUCUCGCCAGAAAGUCCCCGAUGGCUCCAUCAGCAAGGACGCAAAGCUGAAGCCGAAGUCGCUAUCAGAAAGCUAUGGGGUAAAGGCAAGGUAGAGCAGGCGAUGGCAGAACUCAACGACAACAGCAGCAGUUCCUCGGAGGAGAAUGCUGGGUGGGGAGAGCUCUUUAGCAAACGAUACAGAAAAAUUGUUGCGGUUGGAGCUGCCCUGUUUCUCUUCCAGCAGUUCGCUGGUAUCAACGCCGUCGUCUACUACUCAACUGCCGUAUUUCGCAGCGCGGGCAUCAAGUCAGAUGUUGCAGCCAGUGCCCUUGUAGGAGCUGCUAAUGUUCUAGGUACUACCGUUGCAUCUUCUCUCAUGGACAAGCAAGGCAGAAAGAAAUUGCUCUCUUUGAGUUUCUUGGGAAUGGCCGCUUCUAUGAUUGUUCUAUCCCUGUCCCUCUCGUGGCCUGCUCUCGCGGCUUAUUCCGGUACUCUUGCGGUGGCGGGAACUGUUUCAUAUGUGCUGGCCUUCUCCCUAGGAGCUGGGCCUGUUCCUGGACUCGUCUUGCCUGAGAUAUUCUCCUCGCGUAUUCGAGCCAAGGCAGUGGCUUUAUCGAUGGGAGUCCACUGGAUCACCAACUUUGCGAUCGGGCUGUACUUCUUGACAUUCGUCAACAAAUUCGGAAUCAGCUCAGUGUACUUGGGAUUCUCUGCGGUGUGUCUAUUGGCAGUUUUGUAUGUCUCCAACAAUCUAGUUGAAACCAAAGGUCGCUCAUUGGAGGAGAUUGAACGAGAGUUGAGCGCAAGUGCUUAAAAGCACAGUUCAGUGUUUUUCGGAUAAAACAACAACUGCGUUGGAUCACGCAAAUGGGAAUGCUUCGGCGCUCCCAAUCCAAGAAGAACAAAGGUGGGUGUUUCGGCUGGCUAGCCAAUGAUUCGAUGUGAUAGUCAUCACACGAUAUUGUUCCACAAGGUCCUAAAGGUCGAUGAGGCAGAUAGCGAAGACUCUGGGAUGAGGUUUUAGAUCAGUUAUCAUUCUCUGCCUCUUUUACAGGCAAAGUUGACUGUAGAAGUAUAUCCAUACCGCUGUUUAUUGUCUUCAUGUUUACCACGUUAGGGCUGUAGGUUGCAUUUUAACUUCUUUGUUGUCAUGUCACUCUCCUGGAGACAAAUAUAGGAGAGAAAAGGGUGCGCUAGCUACUUUGUAAUUAAAAAAAAAAAACAAAAAUCUUGUGCAGAUAGUUAUAUAGGUUAGUUCUCUUGCCUUGAGUACCCUUAAAAGCCUCCCGAUCCCAAUCCCAGUCUUCUUGAAUCGGCUUACGUAGUUAGAGAAAAGACUCGACGACUUCGCGGAGGAAAUUUUGUCUUUGGUUUGAAGCUGCGCACUUAGCAUCGGACCUAUCGCAGCAACAUCCAGUGACUUAAAGUUCCUACUUGUAUAUUUCGGUACGGAUUAUGUAUGUAAGCUGUGGCCGUGCAUGACGACCCCACCUUUGUUAAUGUAUAACCCUUUUUAACCAUUUUCAUGUUUUUC